AUGAGCUCAGGCGUACCAGAUUACGGCCCCAACAUCAUUGCCGCGCUAUGGACUUGCACGUCUCUCGCUUUCCUAUUCCUUUCGCUACGCCUGUUUUGUAAGUUCUACAAACGAGCGUUACCGUUCUGGGAUGACUAUAUCUUGGUCGUAUCCUGGUGCAUUCUUCUAUCAACUAGCGCUUUGAUCACUCUCGACGUACGAGAUGGCUUUGGAAAACAUGAAACUGAUAUCAUUGCCGAUCAUGGCGUUGAAGCGUUGACCCGAAUUGGAAUGAGAGACGACAUUGUUGGAUUUCUUGUCCCUUUUGCCAUUGCCUGGAGCAAAACAUCGUUCGCGGUGACGCUCUUACACAUACUAGAUAAAGGAAGGAUUAGGAUAGUCAUAUGGGCUAUCAUCGUAUCGACGAACCUUCUACUUGUAAUGGCUGCCUUCUCCUUCUUAUUCCAAUGCAGUCCCGUCGAGAAGUUAUGGAACCCUAGAGUUCCGGGAACGUGUUGGCCCGAUAUGAAUAGGGUGCUUUCUAUGCUUGCCUCAGCAUAUUCGGGGUUUAUGGACUUUGUUCUUGCUUUACUUCCUUGGACAUUCAUCUGGAAGCUGAAUCUCAGGCGUGAGGAGAAAAUAGGGGUAGUAGCGGCUAUGAGCAUGGGCAUCUUUGCUGGUACAACGGCGAUUGUCAAGUGUUAUUACCUACACAAUCUAUACAGUGUCGACUUUUUCUAUGCUGGAGGCAACCUAGCUAUCUGGGGGACUGCAGAAGUUGCCACCACUAUUAUGGCUUCUUCUAUUCCCGUGUUGCGAGUUCUCAUCCGCGAUGUUGCAUCCGCGGCUUCACGUAAUCAUCGUUCAUUGCUGCAUGCUGGUGGUUCGCUCGGGUCUCAAGGAAGUAGGGCAACGGAGACGAAUCAUAGCCCAUGCACCUAUGUCGAACAUGAGCCGCUUUCAUCUUUUGGAGCCUUGGGUGGUGCUGUAUCCAAAUGGUCCACAGAGAUGACAUCGUGAAUUUUGAAGUGGUCCGGAAAUUUCAACUUGUAAGCCAAGCGUCCGAUUCACUCGAUGACUCUGAAUGGUCCGGCAUAUUGUUGUUCCAAUUUUCGACCCAGAACUGCUGCAGCUGGAAUGUUGUAUCCCUUGUGCAGACGCAGCAUGACCUUAGGCCUCAGCAGCUCUUCUGUCAUGCUGUCAAGCCUUUAACGGGAUACCGUGAGAGUUACCUGGGUACCCCAGCUAUAGCCACGAUGUAGGACGCUGGAUGCCUUAGGGCUUGAGGUUAGCCUACGAGAGGUUUCCUUGGCAUACACAUCCCUAGAUAGGUAGACAAAGGAGGAUUCUCAUAUGUAUAUC